AGUUAGGGGCCUGGCCGACCUUAGCCCGUCCCAUCCCCAGCUACCCUUGCUCUUGACCCCGCCCCACCUCAUCUGUCUCUGGGAGAUUUCCUGGCGUUCUGCAUUCGCGGUCCAAAGACGCAGCGGCGCGAGCCAUGGAUCGCCUGGGUGCGCUGGGCAGCGCGAGGCUGCGGUGGGCGCUGUUUCGGACGCGGGUGGCCCGCCCUGGCCUCGGCCCACGUGGGGCCAGAGCCAAGGGCUCGAUCCCCGCCGCUUUCCCUGCGAUGGAGGCAGCCGAGGCUCCCAGAACCGGGCCUGGCCAGGGGAGGCUGCGGAGUCUGGAGGAGCUUAGAGGGCCAGGCCGGCUGCACUUUCUCUUCCAGCUGUUAGUGCGGGGCUACAUUUGGCAACUGCACAAACUCCAGGUGCUGGAAAAGGCCAAGUAUGGUCCAAUGUGGAUAACCUACACAGGGCCUUGGAGGCAGGUGAACCUGGCCAGCGCCCCACUCCUGGAGCAAGUGAUGCGGCAAGAGGAAAAGUACCCAGUGCGGAGUGACAUGGAACUAUGGAAGGAGCACCGAGACCUGCACGGCCUGGCCUAUGGGCCCUUCACCUUGGAAGGACACAAAUGGUACCAGGUGCGCCAGGCUCUGAACAAGCGAAUGCUGAAGCCAGCUGAGGCUGCGCUCUAUGUGGAUGCUCUGAACGAGGUGAUCGAUGACUUCAUGGCUCAGCUGAAACUGCUACUGGCAGAGAGUGCCUCGGGGGACCAGGUGUCUGACGUGGCUUUCCAUUUCUACCACUUUGCUUUGGAAGCUGUUUGCUACAUCCUGUUUGAGAAACGUGUUGGCUGCCUGGAGCGCUCCAUCCCCCAGGAUACCCAGGAAUUCAUCAGAUCUAUUGGGAUCAUGUUCCAGAACUCAGUUUAUGCCACCUUCCUCCCCAAGUGGACCCGUCCCCUGCUGCCCUUCUGGAGGCGAUACCUGGAUGGCUGGAACACCAUCUUCUCUUUUGGGAAGAAGAUGAUUGAUCAGAAACUCAAGGAGGUAGAGACCCAACUGCAGGCAGAGGGGCCAAAUGAGAUCCAGAUAUCUGGCUACCUGCACUCCCUGCUCACCAGUGGACAGCUCAGUUAUCAUGAGGUCAUGGGUAGCCUGCCUGAGCUGCUCCUGGCUGGGGUAGACACGACGUCCAACACGUUGACGUGGACUUUGUACCAUCUUUCAAAGAACCCAGAGAUCCAAGAGGCCUUGCAUGAGGAAGUGGUGGGUGUGGUGCCAGCCGGGCAGGUGCCUGGACACAAGGACUUUGCGCACAUGCCCCUGCUCAAAGCUGUGCUUAAAGAGACCCUGCGCCUCUACCCUGUAGUCCCUGUGAACUCUCGGAUCAUUAUGGAAAAGGAAAUUGAAGUUGGUGGCUUCCUCUUCCCCAAGAAUACCCUGUUUGUAUUGUGCCACUAUGUGGUAUCCCGAGACCCUAGCACCUUCUCUGAGCCAGAGAGCUUCCAGCCCCACCGCUGGCUGAGGAAUAGCCAGUCUGAUAACCUUAGGUCCCAACACCCAUUUGGCUCUGUGCCCUUUGGCUAUGGGGUCCGAGGUUGCCUGGGCCGCAGGAUUGCAGAGCUGGAGAUGCAGCUGUUGCUAUCCAGGCUGGUCCAGCAGUACAAGAUGGUGCUGGCUCCUGAGACAGGGGAGGUGAGGAGCUUGGCCCGCAUCGUCCUGGUUCCUGACAAGAAGGUGGGCCUGCGUUUCCUGCAGAGAUAGUGCUGAAUUGGGCCCUCACCUUGCCAGGGCAGCCACCUUCUCUGCCUCCUCGGCACGGUCAUUCCUGGCCACUGCUGUGUCUCAGGCGAGGAGGGAGAGAAGGGAGCUCCCAGGCAUCAGAGGCUGGAGAAAGUCAGUGCACUUCCCUCAGAGCCCUGGGCUUUUGCCACUUUUAUCACUGUGAGCAUCUCCCUCUCAGACAAAAGUCCUCCCCCAUGUCAUAUUGCUAUCCUUGGGGAAAAUACAGAAUAAAAUGACUUUUAUUGACAA